CGUGACACUGGGGCGCCGCAGCGUGACACUGGGGCGCCGCAGCGUGACACUGGGGCGCCGCAGCGUGACACUGGGGCGCCGCAGCGUGACACUGGGGCGCCGCAGCGUGACACUGGGGCGCCGCAGCGUGACACUGGGGCGCCGCAGCGUGACACUGGGGCGCCGCAGCGUGACACUGGGGCGCCGCAGCGUGACACUGGGGCGCCGCAGCGUGACACUGGGGCGCCGCAGCGUGACACUGGGGCGCCGCAGCGUGACACUGGGGCGCCGCAGCGUGACACUGGGGCGCCGCAGCGUGACACUGGGGCGCCGCAGCGUGACACUGGGGCGCCGCAGCGUGACACUGGGGCGCCGCAGCGUGACACUGGGGCGCCGCAGCGUGACACUGGGGCGCCGCAGCGUGACACUGGGGCGCCGCAGCGUGACAGGUCUGGGGCGCCGCAGCGUGACACUGGGUCUCUCCGGCCAGGAAGCUUCAGAGAAUAA